CUGAUUGGCCGUGCGUGCCAACCGUCAGUAUUUGAAUCGGCCGCGGGCGGACUGUGUUUCGGAUUCGGCGCUUCCCGCUCCCUCGGCUUUGUAUGGCCGCCGGCAGAAUGAGUCUGCAGAUCUGCAACGAUGAAAACGUCACUGGCAACAAAAGCACAGAAAACUGUGACUUCCUGUUUUCGCCACCAGAACCUCCCGGAAGACUAUCUGUUCUUCGUCUGUCCCAGAAAGAAAAUGUGCCACCGAAGAGCACAGUCAAAGCUAUGAAAGUGACUUUUCAGACUCCUCUGCGGGACCCCCAGACGCACCGGAUCUUGAGUCCUAGCAUGAGCAGCAAGCUCGAGGCCCCUUUUGUUCUGGGGGACGCUGUUGGGCUGGAAAACUCCCAUCAAAACUGGGCCCAGAAAGAGAACCAACAGCUCACCAAGGAAGUUGACACCAAAAUGACCAAUGGAAUUGUCCAGGAACCAACAGUGGCCAAUGCCAACCUGCCUCCAGGGGAUGUGGGACCAGUCUCUGAAGAUAGGCCGCAUCCCAGUGGGUCCAUCUCCACCCCCUGGGCCAGCCAGGAGCCCUCAGGCCCUCCUCAGGGGCCAGAAAGUCUUGAAAAUCAAGUGGCAUCUCUAGAACAAACAUCUGGGAGCUCUGAGCAAGCCUCGGAGGAAAAUGCUCGUUCUUGUUUCCUAGAGAAAAAUACUGCGUCCACCUCCGAGAUCCCAGGAGCCCCUUCCCGGAUGGCUCUCCGGGACAGCACGGAAGGCCCUCGGGGGGCUGCCGGAGAAAGCUCCAGCCAGGUGCCUGCUUCCUCAGCCAGGCCUACAUCGCCCCCUACUACUCACCCCAGAGCAGCAUGUGGAGAAGAGCCCCUCAAAGACCUGCCUGGUGAGGCCCCCGCCGGUCCUGAGGCCACGUCUGGUCCCGGGAACACCGUCCUGGGCAGCCCCCUGAACACUGGAGGGGCCCCAUCCCCAAGUCCUCAGAAGGAAGAAGCUGACGGCCACCAGGCCACCUCUUGGAGGAGCGGGCCCAUGGGGCUAGGAUUUGAUUGGUGUGACAAUGCCGCCAGCGGAAAGAAGCCAGGGAAGGGACCUGGCCUUACCCCUCCCUCUAGGACACCAGAGUCAAGGCAGGAAAAGACACCCGAGGAGGUGGGGGAGGGGCCUGUUCCCCUACCCCGGGGGUCUUACAACCUGGAUUGGAGCAAGCUGGAUGACCCAAACUUUAACCCGUUUCAAAGUGGAGGAGGGACCCAGCCUCCAGAGUACCCUCAGAGCAGGCCCGCAGGGCCUGUGACCAAGGAGCCACCUGCCAGUCUGGAGGCCACAGGACACUGCCCCCUGAGCCAGCAGGUGCCUUCGGCCUCGGGGGAUGACGCACUGGUGGCACAGACCGUGGCAGGGCCCCCUGGCUCAGCGGGCGAGGAGGGAGCUGCGGGCCGUGCCGCUGCGUCAGUGCCGCCCCCUCCUCCGCCCGGGCCGGAGCCCCCCUCGGACCUGGAUGAGGAGCACUUCCGAGACCCAGCUGAGGUUCUAGGCACAGGGGCCGACGUGGAUUAUCUGGAGCAGUUCGGGAGCUCCUCGUUUAAGGAGUCAGCCCUGAGGAAACAGUCCUUGUACCUCAAGUUUGACCCGCUCCUGAAGGACAGCCCUCAGAGACCAGAGCCCAUGGCCCCAGACGCCAGCAGCGCACAGGACGUGGCCGCGCCGUCCUCGGGAAGCCCGCCCGAGGCGAAGCUGGUGGAACUGGACUUUCUAGGAGGCCCGAGCGCUCCUGUGCUGGAUGCCCCUCCAUGCAUCUUUGGGCCUGGGGGUCCCCUGCUGCCCAUGGUGCCCAUCGUGGACUCCAUCGUGGAGGUGCCACAGUACAGCCAGAAGGACAUGGACGCCGCGGUGGAGGCCGCACGGCAGGAGAGCGCGCUGCUGAGGAGCAGGUGUGAGACGCUCCACGCAAAGAACCUGGAGAUGGGGAAGAUCAUGGACGGGUUCGAGGGCAUCGUGUACCAGGCGAUGGAGGAGGCUCAGAAACAGAAGGAACUUGCAAAAGCUGAGAUCCAGAAGAUUCUGAAGGAAAAAGACCAGCUGACUGCAGACCUGAGCUCCAUGGAAAAGUCCUUCUCUGACCUGUUCAAGCGAUUUGAGAAACAGAAGGAGGUGAUCGAGGGGUACCGCACGAACGAAGAGUCGCUGAAGAAGUGUGUAGAGGAUUAUAUCGCGAGAAUUGAAAAGGAAGGACAGAGGUACCAGGCCCUGAAGGCCCACGCAGAGGAGAAACUCCGGCUCGCCAAUGAGGAGAUCGCCCAGGUGCGCAGCAAGGCCCAAGCGGAGGCCUUGGCCUUCCAGGCCAGCCUGAGGAAGGAGCAGAUGCGGGCCCAGUCCCUGGAGAAGACCGUUGAGCAAAAGACUAAGGAAAACGAGGAACUGACCCGAAUCUGUGAUGACCUCAUCUCCAAGAUGGAGAAGAUCUGACCAGGAGGCCCCUCCCAGCACCCGCCCCGUCUGUGUGUCUGUGUGUCUGUGUGUCUGUGUGUCUGGGGAAGGCUUUGUGGUUUUUUUUUUUUCUUAACCUCAGCCCGUUUUUAAACCAGAUUGCUUUAACAAGAAGACUAAUUAAAGUUUCCCUUCAGUUCGA